GGGCAAAACUAUUCGAAAUUUAUAGUUUAUGCCGAAAAAGUUUUACAGUUUCUUGCAUUAAUUUUUUUUGAGAAGAAUGAGUCUUCAAAAUUACUGAAACAAACGUCGAUACAAUUCAUUCAGAGUGGACAAUUCACUGAGGACAUGAUUCCCACCGUUGGAUUCAACAUGAGGAAAAUAACGAAGGGAAAUGUUACAAUAAAGUUAUGGGAUAUUGGAGGACAACCUCGAUUCCGAUCAAUGUGGGAGCGAUACUGUCGUGGUGUGAACGCAAUUGUUUUCAUGGUUGAUGCUGCGGAUGAAGACAAAUUGGAGGUGAUCUACUUUUUCUUCACUUUUCUUUCUUGCGCUUGGUUCUUGUAUGAUUCCCAUAACAAGCGCUGA